AUGGUAAUGUAUUGUUCAGAUUGGGUGCUGGUGAAUUACAUAUUGAAUGCCCAACAUGGGAAGAAGAUUGCUGUGAUAUUGAAUGAGUUUGGUGAAGAAAUUGGGGUUGAAAGAGCAAUGAUAAAUGAUGGAGAAGGAGGUGACCUUGUUGAAGAAUGGGUGGAACUAGCAAAUGGGUGUGUUUGUUGCACAGUGAAACACAGUCUUGUCCAAGCUCUAGAGCAACUCAUACAAAGGAAGGACCGGCUUGAUCACAUAUUGUUGGAGACAACUGGGCUAGCCAAUCCUGCUCCCCUUGCAUCUGUUCUUUGGUUGGAUGAUCAGCUUGAAUCUUCAGUCAGGCUUGAUUCCAUCAUUACAGUGGCGGAUGCGAAAAACCUUCGACUCCAACUUGGUGAGCAUCGUGAAUCGGGCUCAUUUCCUGAAGCUUUUCUUCAAAUUGCAUUUGCGGAUGUUGUAAUCCUUAACAAGAUUGACUUGUUAUCUCUGGAUAAAGCUGGACCAACAAUGCCAGAUUCUGUAGAGAUCCUGGAGGAGGAGAUUCGUAGUAUAAAUUCGCUUGCUCAAAUAAUUCAUUCUGUACGCUGCCAAGUAGAUCUGAAUUGUAUUUUGAACUGCAUGGCUUAUGACACAAUGCAUGUAGCUCAUUUAGAGUCAUUGUUGAAGGAAAGCCAUUCUGAAACAGCCAAAAAAUACCAUGAUUAUAAUGUGCGAACCAUAUGCAUAAGCGAGCGGGGAUCAGUCAUUCUCAGUCAGGUACACUUGUGGCUUGAAGAUCUUCUUUGGGAAAGUAAACAUGGUAUGGACAUUUAUCGUUGCAAGGGAAUUUUGCAUGUUCAUAGCUCAGAUCAGCUUCACACGGUACAGGCUGUGAGGGAACUAUAUGAGGUUGUCCCUACUCGGAAAUGGGGAGAUGGGGAGAAGAAGAUAAACAAGAUGGUCUUCAUAGGUAGAAACUUGGAUUUGGAUGCCCUCAAGAGCUCAUUUAAGUCUUGCUUCUCUCCAUUGGAAAGUGAAUAGGUUUGCUAAUCACUUGAGCUAGUGUUUUGUUGAGUAAAAUUGACUAAAUUGUAUUAACCUUGUAAAAAACCAGUUUACGUCAAUACUCAUUCUAUUUUUGCACACUA